AUGGCGCCCCGAGGCCCGGUCGUGAAGCGCGCGGCGAACCCGGCGGUUGGCGCGAAGCCGCCCGCCAAGAGGAGGCACGGCGCUCCGCAGGCGACGCCGGCGAGACCCGCCGUCCCGUUGGUGCCCGGGUCGCCAAUCUCGCUGGCACUGGCGGCGGCGGAUGCCGCGUCCAACAAGGGCGCCGUGUUCCAGAAGACCCGGACCAGCGCCGUCGAUCGAGACGAGGAGAUGGCCAAUCCGGACCUCGGCCUGGACCCGGCCGACACCGUGGGCUUGGCCUGGCGGGACCGAAACAGGGCCGAGGCGGAUCUGCAAGCGGAGUCCCAGGCUUGGGUCAGCACCGCAGCGGCGUGGGCGCGAGCCGGCAUGGCCCGAGAUGCCGGCGGGGAUGGAGCCAACGGCGACGGUCUUCAUGCCGCCGCCGGACGAGGAGCGCGGCCAGGACGGCCGCGCGGACAUGGUGGACCUCGACCGGGAGGUCGUGGAGGUGGGGAUGACGACACCCCGCCGUGGACCGACAUGGUCGAGCGGGUGGAGGUCGAGGGAGGGGGCGGUGAUGCCGUCUUGGAGGAGGCACCACGGAUCGCGCCGGAGGGGGCGCCUCGGGCGCCGACGGGCGGGACGCCGCAAGUCGCGGCACCGCAGGCGACUCCGGCCGCCGUGCCGGAGAGAACACCAGAGCGGGCGCGGGAGCGGGCGCCGGAGAGGGCACCGGUCGUGGAGGAGGCAAUCAACAGCAAGUACGCCCUGGUCUCCCGGCUAGAGGGUCGUCGAGCCAUCGGGUCACAGCCGGCUCGAGCUAGGCCCAGCGAGCUCUUCUUCGGGCCUUUGACCCAAGAGGAGGCGGUGAUGGCCGCCUUCAGCCAGCGCCUUCGAGGGUGCAAGGACAGGAUCCAGGCCUUCGCCCAGGUCGAGGUGGAGCGGACGGGGGAGCUGGAGCCUGCCGUGUUCCAACUGGAAUCCUACCGGGUCGGUGUCUUCAACCGACUCCUGGAGAAGCACCAGCAGCUCAAGGAGCAGCUCACCGCUAAGGAGAAGGCGCUCCGCGUCGCCACAGCUGCAGCCGAGGUGUCAGAGGCGAAGGCGGAGGCGGCAGGGGCCCGGCGGGCGCUUGACGAAGCCAGCCGGCUACAGGAGCGACUGGCGAGCGACAAGAGCCGGCUCGAGUCUGAGGUGGACCGCCUCAAGGCGGAAGCGGCCAAGGUCGUGGAGACCCAGCGGGCGCUUGAGGAAGCCGGCCGGCUGCAGGAGUAG